GAAGAACCCGGAGUUCCUGGAGAAAACCCACGCAGGCACGGGGAGAACAACCAAACGCCACACAGACUGGGACGGCAUUUGAACCCCGGUCCUCAGAAUUGUGAGACCAACGCUCUACAGCUGCGCAACCAUGCGGUUCUCAUUGGAGCUGAAGCCUCUCCCAGCUGAUUUUGGGCCAAGACUCAGAGAACACCGCCGAGUAGUUGAUGGCAUCAUACAAGUCUGAUCUGGUUUAUUUCCUGUAUUUGGCGGUGUGAUGGCUCCCAGCAGAAAUGUUCCCUUGAUGGCCAUUUGCCUGCUUCUCAUCAGCGGUUCCAUUUGCCAGCCUACCACAUAUCAGACAGGAACCCUCAGAUCCCGCAGCAUCCCGUCCGAGGCCCUCGAGCUCCCGUCGGAUGACUAUUACGACGAGACAGAGGACAACCCUACCACCUUUCCACCCGAGACUGUAUCUGUCAACAGAGGAACCUUGAAGAGGUGUGACUACAACCCCUGUGAGGAAGACCAGCCCCCCUGUGCUGAACUCAGAGCCACAAAUCACUGCUUGUGUCCGGGGUUCACGUCUCACCUUGAGGCACCGCAGGCUCCUUUCCUGAAAACGGUGGCCUGGAACGGCUCCGACGUGAUCCUCCGCUGGUGUGCUCCUUACUCCUUUGUCAAAGCCUACAAGGUCACGGUUGGCGGGACAGAGAGGCAGCGGUUCGGGAUGGACCGGCGUAGCGGAGGCUUGGGCCCAAUCGAGAAUGUGUCCGAGGUUUGCGUGGUGUCGCUGAAUGACGCCGGAGACAGCGAGGCUUCGUGUAUGAUGUAUCAGCCCAGGGAUCACAGUCUGUCACUCAAAGCAGGUCUGAUAGGAGGCGCUCUGGGUCUCCUGCUGCUCCUCUUGCUGCCGGUCCUGCUGUGGAGGCGUCGGCAGCGGGGGAAGCAGCAGACCGCCAUCACCAUGACAGACACUAUUGACACCUAAAUGACAGCACACACUUUCCCAUGAGACACUUCAGCUUUGGAAGCGCAUCGAGGUUUUGUCUUUGAAAAAUGUUAAACGUCAUCUCACAUAACCACAGAAUCCAAUAAAUUCCCCCUACAAAAUACUUUAAAAUAAACAAAAUGAAACAUGGAAUUCAAACGAUUACUAUUUUGGAAAGUUGGUAAGCCUGAUCAGAUUGUUGUCACAAAUAUUUUUUGUUAAAUUCCCAAAAAUAACCCAUCCAUCCAUUUUCUUUCGUGCUUGUUGUCAUGAGCAUUAGAUAAAAUGGAGCCGAUUUUAGCUGAAAUUACACCCGAGAUUGGUGACCAGUCAAUCAUCACAGGGCACAUACUGUCCAGUAUAAAGAACAUUCAUGCACAUUCAGACAAUUUAGCCUUCAAUUAAUUUAACAUGUGCAUUUUUGGAAUGCGGGGAGAAGCCAAAGUAUCUGCAGGAAACCCAGCCCAGAACAGGGAGAUCAUGUAAAAUCCACAUAGGAAUUCCGAACCCAGAAUUGAACCCCAAACUGCAGGCCUGUGAAGCAGCAUGCUAACCAAUAGCUCAAAGUGUGCACGAAAAAAUAGAAAUAUGCAAUGUACAAUAAUGUAUACCAUGCUGUAAUACAAUUAUAUAUUUUUUAAUACAUUCAUAAACAUACUGUAUUACAUAUAUUGUAUUACAGGAUAAACAGUAGAAACUGGGUGGAUGGCAAAUACAAAAAACUUUUUUUUAACAAGAAUAUCAAUGCCGCAAGAAUAACUGACAAAAUAUUGAGUACACCGAUGUAUUUUUGUUUUUCUAAUAUUGUGCAAAUUAUUUUAUCUACUGUGGUACAGAGGUGUCAAACUCGACAGCGACUACAGUGAAACUGUACCUCAUGACAUUAUACAAUAAAUUGAGGGAUAACUAGUUUUGAAAUCAGAAGGAUAAAUAGUUUUUUCCACCACAGUUAUUAUAAAAAGGUGAUUGGUAGCCAAAAAAUGUCAUAUCCCAACAUUUUUGUUCGCUACAAAUGAAUUUUGAAUUUCUGUUCAAAUUGGAACAAAAAAUCAUGGAAGGUGAUGCACAUGCUUUCCUUUUGUAGUCCACAUUAAAUGAGGUUUCGGGCCACACCUGGGUGCCGGGCCUCGAGUUUGAAACCCAUGCUGUAGUGGGACAAGGUUUGAGUGGUCCGAAUGAUGUGACAUUUCAACGACAACAUGUUUAUUAUUGGGGUUCUGUGUAGUUAGCAGUCAUGUUGAACUGUACUGGGUUAUACUGAGAAGCAUUUCUAAGAUUUGAGCAUCUCUUAAAGCAAAAUAAGAUGUGUAUUUAUAAAGAUAUAUUUAAUACAAUUCUCAUUAGCUUUGCUAAGUGUUCCUAAUCAGGUGUCUGGUGAGAGAGUGAAAGCAUUCCAAAUGUGUGGGAGUUGAGCUAUAGGUGCUUAAUUCCUCUGUCAACUUUGAGAGGAAGAUAAAUCCCUGAUGACAAAUUUUUAUGAUAAACAUGACGGGAGAAUUUAUUAUUAUUAUUUUUUAAACAAUUUAGACAAAAACCAGUGCUGGAUUUCCAGACACCACAGGCACCGCAAAUACUGUUUGGGAACGAUUACAGAAAAACAUGGAACUCAUCUGUACGGCAAUGUUUUUACUUGAGGUAAAAUUCAUGCAAAAAGUAAAAAAAUAAUAUUUAAUACAACGACCCAUAACAGACAUGCUUGAAGCAUGUGAUGAUUUAAGUGAGAACGCACAAAUUAUUGCACGUGACAUGGUUUUUAUGAUUUAUUAUUUAUGAUCUCUGUGAGAGGUGUUUUGGUUACACGGCACACAGGGUUACAAGAUGUGAAUGAUACUGAAUGUUAUUUUGUUUUUUGUUUGACAAAACGCACAACAGGCAAGUCUAAAUCCAGACUACUGUACUGUACACGUUCCUUAAUGGCUCUGAUUAUUAAACUUCACAAAACAUUGCUCCCCAA